UCUGUGUUAUUUGAUCGCUGACACAAGGCAGCCUGUGCGUUAGUAGGCUAUACGUCAAGAAUGAGAAGCGCACAAGACUUGGAGUUUCUAUCGGGACGUUAGGCGAAUGUGUUGCCGGUUUAAUACAUUAACUGGAGAAGCAUUACAUAUUUGAGGCCUAAUUCAAAGUUGGUGAUAUGUCUGAACCACCCUCAUCACCGUCCACAGGGCACAAACCUGUACUGAAGUCAAUGGAUACCGGACAAGGUCAGAGUCGGUUCCAGGUGGAUGUAGUGGCUGAGGCAGCAGCCGCCUCCAAAGCCGCCGGAGUUGCAGCUUCCAGUGGACCUAAGCCGGCGGGAACUGAGGAGGCAAAGGGCAGGUUUCGGGUGGUUGGCUUUCUAGAUCCAGGUGGAUCUACGAAUCCCCCCGAAGCCACUGACUUUGCUCAAAAUGGAGACACUGUCAAGAGUGAGGCCAGCCUGUAUUCCUCGGGCCAAACGCACUUUUCCGACACCCAUUCCAACACUUACUACAUGCGGACAUUUGGCCACAACACCAUUGACGCUGUCCCCAACAUCGACUUCUACCGGCAGACAGAAGCAACUCUUGGAGAAAAGUUAAUCCGACCGUCGCUCUCAGAACUACACGAUGAGCUUGAUAAGGAACCCUUUGAGGACAUUUUUGCCAGUGGAGAGGAGUUCAGUGCCAUGGAAGGGGUGCCAGCGAAGGAGAAGCCCGAGUCCAAGGGAACGGCUGUCAAGUUUGGCUGGAUUAAAGGAGUCCUGAUACGAUGCAUGCUGAACAUUUGGGGGGUCAUGCUCUUCAUUCGCAUGUCAUGGAUAGUGGGCCAGGCAGGGAUUGCUCUCUCUUGUGCAAUUGUUAUGAUGGCUGUAGUGGUAACCACCAUCACUGGCCUUUCUACCUCUGCCAUAGCAACCAAUGGCUUUGUGAAAGGAGGUGGAGCAUACUACUUGAUAUCCCGAAGCUUGGGCCCUGAGUUUGGUGGAUCUAUUGGGCUCAUCUUCGCCUUUGCUAAUGCCGUUGCUGUGGCUAUGUAUGUUGUAGGCUUUGCUGAAACUGUUGUAGAGCUUCUCGAUAGUGUGGAUGCUCUCAUGACUGAUGAACUGAAUGACAUCCGCAUCGUGGGCACCCUCACCGUCAUUCUUCUCCUGGGCAUCUCUGUGGCUGGAAUGGAGUGGGAGGCCAAGGCUCAAAUUGUUCUCAUGGUGAUUCUGGUGUUAGCCAUUUUCAACUACUUCAUUGGAACAUUUAUUCCUUAUGAAUCAAAGGAGCCCUUGGGUAUCUUUGGUUAUAAUGCUGCAAUUAUGAUGGAGAACAUGGGCCCAGACUUCAGAGAUGAAGAGACCUUCUUCUCUGUGUUCGCCAUUUUCUUUCCUGCUGCCACUGGCAUCCUUGCAGGAGCAAACAUAUCUGGAGAUCUUUCAGAUCCACAGGUGGCCAUUCCAAAGGGAACUCUUUUGGCCAUCCUCAUAACUGGAGUGGUUUAUCUUGCUGUAGCCGUUUCAGCAGGAUCCUGUAUAGUCCGAGAUGCCACGGGUGACCAUAAUGACACCAUCCCAAUGCCCAACGUUAACUGUACCGACGCUGCCUGCACACUUGGCUAUGACUUUUCCAUCUGUAAGGAAGGAGGCUGUAAGUUUGGCCUUCAAAAUGACUUUCAGGUGAUGAGCACGGUGUCUGCCUUUGGGCCUCUGAUCACUGCUGGGAUCUUCUCAGCCACUCUGUCCUCAGCUCUGGCCUCUCUCGUCAGCGCUCCAAAAGUCUUUCAGGCAUUGUGCAAGGAUAAUAUUUACCCAGGCCUCGGGGUGUUCGCAAAGGGUUAUGGGAAAAACAAUGAGCCUCUGAGGGGAUACCUGCUGACUUUCUUCAUAGGACUGGCCUUCAUUCUGAUUGCUGAGCUGAACAUCAUCGCUCCCAUCAUCUCAAACUUCUUCCUGGCCUCUUAUGCCCUCAUCAACUUCUCCGUCUUCCAUGCCUCCUUGGCCAACUCCCCAGGUUGGCGCCCCAGUUUUAAAUACUUCAAUAAGUGGGUGUCCCUGGCUGGAGCCAUCCUGUGCUGUGUGGUAAUGUUUGUCAUCAAUUGGUGGGCCGCUCUUGUAACCAAUGUCAUCGUCAUGGCUCUCUACAUUUAUGUCAGCUACAAGAAACCAGAUGUGAACUGGGGCUCUUCCACACAAGCACUGAUGUACAACCAGGCUCUGUCCCACUGCCUGCACCUCACUGGAGUGGAGGACCACAUCAAGAACUUCCGACCACAGUGCCUUGUGAUGACGGGCUAUCCCAACUCCCGCCCAGCACUACUCAACCUGGUGCAUUCAUUCACCAAAAAUGUGGGCCUCAUGGUCUGUGGACAUGUCCGCAUGGGAACACGGAGACCAGUCUAUAAGGAGAUACUAGGUGACCAGCUUCGGUAUCAGCGCUGGCUCUUGAAGAACCACACCAAAGCCUUUUACUCACCUGUCUUUGCUAAAGACCUGCGGGACGGAGCACAUUACCUGCUGCAGGCUACAGGGUUGGGUCGGCUGAAGACCAACACAUUGGUGUUAGGGUAUAAGAAUAACUGGAGGGAAGGUGAAAUGAAAGACGUGGAGAUUUACGUCAAUACAAUUCAUGAUGCUUUUGACCUGCAGUAUGGCGUGGUGCUCUUCAGGCUGAAAGAGGGCCUGGAUAUCUCACACAUCCAUGGACAAGAUGAGCUGAUGUCGUCCCAAGAGAAGGGCCCGGGGAUGAAAGAGUUUGUGGUGUCCAUCAGCCAGAGCAGAGACUCGGACAGUGAUGUCUCCAAACCCUCAUCAAAAGUCACCAGCACACAGAGCAGCCCCCUAAUCCAUAGGGAUGCUAAGCACCCCAGUGUGCCACUGAGUGUGGCUGAUCAGAAGCUUCUGGAGGCCAGUCAACAGUUCCGGAAGAAACAGGGCAAGGGCACAAUUGACGUGUGGUGGCUAUUUGAUGAUGGAGGGCUCACUCUACUUAUUCCAUAUUUACUCACCAACAAGAAGAAAUGGAAUGACUGCAAGAUCCGUGUCUUCAUUGGUGGUAAAAUCAACAGGAUUGACCAUGACCGCAGAGCGAUGGCAGCCCUCCUCAGCAAAUUCAGAAUCGAUUUCUCUGAUAUCAUGGUCAUUGGAGAUAUCAACACCAAGCCAAAGAAAUCAAAUAAGGAGGCGUUUCAGCAGAUGAUAGAGCCGUACCGCCUGCGGGAGGAUGACAUGGAGCAGGAGGCUGCAGAGCGGCUGAAGGCCCAGGAGCCCUGGAGGAUCACGGACAAUGAGCUGGAGCUCUACAGGGCCAAGACGAAUCGGCAAAUCAGGCUGAAUGAGUUGUUGAAAGAGCACUCUAGCACAGCAAACCUCAUUGUGAUGAGCAUGCCCCUGGCCAGGAAAGGGACAGUGUCCAGUGCCCUCUACAUGUGCUGGCUGGACACAUUGUCUAAAGACCUGCCUCCCAUUCUCCUGGUGCGAGGCAACCACCAGAGUGUCCUCACCUUCUACUCUUAAUGUGUCCCGGCACCCACAAUAUGCCUACAUGGUUGCAAUCAAAAACACUUAACAGGAUUUUUGUCUGGUCAUACCAAACUCACCAUUCAUAAAUAAAGGUCAUGAUACCUGUAGGGUUGCAGAGGACAUUAAAGAUCUCAUUGAUCCAGUGCUAGGGAUUUUGAUGAGUUAAUUACUCUGCACUUCCAUCACUGGAUGAUGAUGAUGUUUCUGAAAUGGCUUCACCAGAGAAUCCUAUUAGCUUGAGGGCGACGCAAUGGUAAUAUUAAAGUGUAACUGCACCCUAAAAUAUGUUUUUUGAGCUGUUGAUUGAUUGAAAUUACUCAUAAGUGGUGAACUGCACUAUUACCAGGGUUAACAUUGACAAAAAUCGUGUUUCCCGAGAAAAGUAACAUUUCGUAUGAUUUUGUAUUGGAGAUAUAGCUCUCUGCGCCCUCUACAGGUUGAAACAUGCCAUGGCAUUUUGGUCCAAAAUGCUAUUGGAAUGCUGACGUAGUCCUGCACUUCUCUGUAGAGUCUACGUCACCGGGUCGUUACAAAUUAGGAAUGAAACGCCCCAACACCUGCUGCCCUGAUUAGCCUACCUGUGAUAAGCCAUGUCUGUAGCACUCAUUCCCAGAAUGACACGAAAUCAACAUGGUUGAUUGGCUGCAGCAGUGCUGCACUCCCUUCCAAAUUUCAGAACGUCCCGCCCAUUUUGAAAGCCUUUUUCAGAAAUGUGAAGUGGGUGGAGUUAUGGGGUGCAGUUACACUUUAACUGAAAAAGUGCAUUGAAAGAACAUACAGAUCAGACUACGCUGGAAAUAGUUUUGUUGAGAUUGUUGUUUGUGUAAUAAUUAACUCACAUGUUUGGUCCAUGUUGUUUAAUUUGUAAUAUUUGAUGGUACAGUACGUAUCUUUUGGGAGAACAAGUGUCUUGGAACCACCACACAGCAUGCCAGUGCCAACGUUUAUUUUAUGCCAUUAAUAUUCGUUCUGAACUUAAAGCAUAGCAUGUUUCUGCGCUAUGUACCAUUACUAAACACUAAAUGAAUGAAUUUGUAACAAAUCUUGCAACAAAAUGAUUAUUUGGGACAUAAGAAACAAUUGCUCUGUGGUUAGACACUUUCUUGUUAUACACUGCCUCAAGUAUUUAUGUUGCUGUAAUGGUUCCAGCCUUACCACAUGAGUGCCUUUAGCUGAAGUCUGCAGUCAACACUAAGUAAUUAAUCACGGUCCCAUCAAUUAGAUAGACAAACAGAGUUAUAGCCAUCAAAACAUUAUAUUUUUUAUUCAAUUGUAGAUCUGCUGUGUUGAUUAAAGGGAAUUGGGUGAUUGAAACUAAUCAGAAUAUUGAAAUAAACAUUACGAAAGAAAAGACAAAUAAAAAGGGAUAAUUUGAAGAAUUUGUAUUAUCAAUAUUAUACAAAGUGUUUGAUUCAAAAUGAAACCUAAAAUGUCUCUAAUUGAGAACCAUCAGAAUCAUGUUUUCAGUGAUGCAAUUCAUGGGUUUCAUCAGGUCCCUUUCCACAGGUGCCAAUCAAGCACCAUGCAGUCUGCAUUCAUAAUCUAGGUGCUUGAUUUUAUACACCUGUGGGGGAUGUGAUGAUCACCCAUGAAUAGGUAAUUGGAACAUGACCACUUAGGUUUUUCUGUUCCUGUAAGUCAGAAAAGUCUGCUUACAUUGUUUUUACCACUAUAGUUUCAUUAGGUAUCUUUCUUAAAGUUUCUGUAAAUUAUGAGAUAUUCUGGAUAUUUGAAGUACAGGUUUAAAGCUUUACAUAUGCAAUCAUAAUCAUUGCUUUAAUACUAAUACCGCAAAGAUUACUUCCAAUACAAUAUUUUAAAUAUUAUUUUGCCAAUGCAUAAUACAGACUUUAAGGUAAAUAUGUUGUCCAUGCACUAUUACAAACCCAUAUUGGCAGUCGCUGAUUAAGCUAUACUUAUUUAUCUCUGUUCCAUAAUUAGCAUUAUGUUAAAUGUAAAAGUGGAUUUGAUAGUAAAUAUAUUUGUCAGGCAUGUUUUGAGAGGGGGUGAUAUGUCAUAUCGGCAAAUAUUUUGUGUAGAUUGGAAAUGCAUUUUGUACGACAUUGUUGCUGCAUUCUUUCAAGAUAAACAAACCUCAUAUAUUGCAAUAUUCGUUUGUUGGGACUAUUAAAACAACUACAAGAGUGAAAUGUGCAAGAAACUUGUAAAAAGUUGAAAUAAAUUGCUUAACCAGA